AUGGAGCAGUUUGUAUCUACUGUUAGAAGUCUUACAGAGAAACUCCUGCAGAAGCAUUUCUCAGAUUAUGAUGAGGUGAUAGAAAAACUCUUCUCUGAAGUCUCUGCCAAAGAGACCUUUCCCAAAACGGCAGAUCCUCAGAUAGAGGAAUGUGCCAUCCAGCUGUGGAACUGGGCAGUUACUAAGAAUGUGGGCGCUGCUAUCUGUAAAAUUCAGAAAGCUAAAGUGCGACAUGUCGCAGCCAGUCUGCUGUACUGCUGUGAGCCUGACAAUCCAACAGAGGGCACCAUCCGCAAACAGAUCCUGAUGGCCAGCAAAACAGGGAGAACCUGGCUGGACUGCAAAAAUCCCCAGAUGGCAGAUGUUUUCUUAAGACAUGCUGUCAAGAGCCUGGAAACCCUCUACAGCCUGCUAACAUCCAGAGGAGAGGCAGCAGGUGACAUUACUUCAUCCAAGGCGGAUGUGGAGAAGGACCUACUUCGAAUAUUGUCAUGCCAAGCAGAAUCGGCCAUAGCUCAGGGCAAUAACCAAGAGGCAGUGGCCUAUGUACAGCGCUGUAAAGACAUGUUGCUGCAGGUACCAAAAGAUACGGCGUACCUUUCCCUCAUGUGUUACAACUUUGGUAUAGAAACGUACAAUCUAAGGAACUUUGAGGACAGCACAUUUUGGCUGAGCCAAAGCUAUGACAUUGGAAAAGUGAACGUGAAACACGGACCUGGUUCUGAAGUACUGGCCAAGGUUUUACGGCUCCUUGCCACAGUUUAUUUAGAGUGGGACUGUCAAAGGUUUCAUGAGAAGGCUCUGAACGCUGUCAUUUUAGCCAAUAAGGAGAAUGUGAGCACAUCUGGGCUUUACUUAAAGAUCAGAAUCCUCCUGAGAUGUGGGGCCCCAGACAAUCAUAUCAGAGCAGGACUUGAUGAGAUGCUGGAGAGUCAGGUUUCUCUUGAAGUUUCUCUGAGCACAGUGCAGCUGCUCAUGUCAGAGGACAGAGACGUGCUGGGAUUUGAGUAUUUGAAACGAGUGUGUCAGCACUUUGAGUCCUCCCCUGACCUGGGAACUGCUCUGGUUUUGCACAUUGAACUGCUGCUACAAAGAGGCAAAGAGCUGCUGGGCAAACAGAAGAUAGAAGAUAUAAUUAAUGGUCACUACACUGGGAAACAGCUGGCUCCACAGGCACUCACCAGAGUACAUGUUAUUCUGUGGGAUCAGGCAUCCAAACACUUUGAGGCCUGUAACUUUUCUGAGGCUCUUCAGUGGUAUAACUACUCCCUAAGUUUCUUCAAGGCAGGCCAAAUGGACCCAAACUUAGCCAAACUGCAGAGGAACAGAGCAUCUUGCUUCCUGCAUCUUAAGCAGUUGGAAAAGGCCAAAGAGGCUAUUAAAGAAGCAGACAGAUGUGAUCCUGAGAGCAUCUUCACUCAGUUCAGUGUUUACGAGAUAGCUGUGCUGGAGAGUAACGUGGACAAAGCUGCAGAGGCAUUGAAUGCGAUGGCGCUGCUUUCAAAGAAUCCGGUUUCCAGUGAGGACAAACUGCUGGUUCCUGAGCGUGCGGCCUCCUCUCUCCUCAGCCUGGCCGCUCAGCUUGCCCUGGAGAAUGGACAGCAGGAAACUGCCAUGAAAGCACUGGAGGCAAUGUGUGAAUGCUCCAAAGAUGAAGCUCAGGUUCUGGCUGGUUUAAGGUGUUUGGUUCGGCUUGUGCUGUCCACUAUAGAAACAUCAACAGAUGAGAUGAGAACUGUGAAUCUGGAUGUCCUGCUGCCAUACCUAAAGAUGGCUCUGCAAACACUUUCACACCAGUCUCACAUGACUGCUGAACAACGCUCAGAAGAAGCUAACUGCCUGGAACUUAGCUCUGCAGUCUCCCAGAUGUGCCCUCCUGACCGCACACUGCUCAUGGGCCAGAGGACCUGUCUGCUAAUGGCUGCCGCUGCCUCUUUGGAGCUCUGCAGAAUGUCUCCUCACUCUGCUCAGACUGAGGAGCUUACACAGGCCCUGGAGUACAUUCAGACGUGUUGGGAGGUUUGGAAAACCCUGAAAGCAUCGGGAAGCUUUCCAGUGGACCCCACAGACUCACUGCUACUGCUGUAUGAAUUUGAAGCUCGUGCAAAAUUGAAUGACCCAAAGGUUGAGACCAUAAUGGAGUCAGUUCUGGAGCUGGAAAUUGUUGAAACCAAAAUGCUGGAAACCAUGGCAGCCUUAGCGAUGGAGUCUCCGGCCCAUUUCCCUCAGCUGUGUAAGAGGGCCCUGAGAAUUGCUCUAUCUCUGCAUCGGAAGCAACCACAGGCUGACCUGUGUGUUCAUAGUCUGAUAAAGCUGUCACUCCCAAGUGGUGUGUCAGAAGUGGAGGACCGGGUCCUGGACGAGCUGUGGGACUACUACGAGGAGGCCCUGUCCAUCAUAGAAGCCGCACCGGACGACUUCCCAGAGAUGGAGACCCUGUGGUUGUUAACUCAGGCCUGGAACACUGGAAUACUGUUGUACAGCUUGGCUCAAUACCCCAAAGCUGAGAAGUGGUGUGGCCUUGCCAUGAGCUUCAUCCGCCACCUGGGAUCUCUGCGAGAGAGCUACGAGACGCAGAUGUCUGGUCUCUACAGUGAAAUCCUGGACAGGUUGGACAAAGUGAAGAGAAAUAACAUCACAGAGGAAUAG